AUGAAACUAUUGGCAAUAUUUGUUUUACAUAAAGAAGGUGACAAGAAAGUGAAAAUACUUCAAGAUGAAUUUAAUCUUGAAAGUUUUGGUUAUUUUGAACGUCGUGGUGUACAACCAUUACUUGUUUUCUCGGCACGAACAGUUACUGAACGUACAACUUUAGGUACAAGACAGUCCGUUGAAGCUGAUCAAAAUGUUAAUGCUAUGGUUCAUGUUUAUGUUCGUCCAGAUGGUUUAGCAUCAGUUAUUAUUGCUGAUAGUGAAUAUCCACAACGAGUUGCACAUACUCUACUUAGUAAAGUUAUGGAUGAUUUUACUAAUGCAUAUCCACCUUCUUCAUGGGCAUAUAUGGGUGAACAAACAGGUAAAAUGGCAUCACUGAGUGAAAUUUUAAGAAAAUAUCAGAAUCCACAAGAAGCUGAUCCAUUAAUGCGUCUUCAAAAAGAUCUUGAUGAUACAAAAGAUAUUCUUAAAAAUACAUUGGUUAAUGUACUUGAACGUGGUGAAAAAAUUGAUGAUUUAGUUGCACGAUCAAGUGAUUUAAGUUUUGAAGCAAAAGCAUUUUAUAAAACGGCAAGAAAAACAAAUCGAUGUUGCACAUUAUUCUAA